AUGGCCACCACCUUGAUUUACAGAGGGAAAGAGAAACCGAGGCCAGCCCCUCUCAUUCCUGGGUCUGUUUUUUUGGGCAAGGUUAACCAGAAGGCCUUAACGUUCAUCUCUUGCUCUCCCCUGGCUGUAGGAUCAGACGCGAUCAUCCGUCAGCACAAGGCGGCUUGUUUGCGGAUCACUUCCCUCUUGGCCUGCAAAGACCUGCUCUGGAUCGGCACCAGUGCAGGUGUAGUGCUGACCCUCUCCAUCACAGGCAACACCGCUGCUUUGAAAACUCCACCUUUACCGGUGGGACUUUCUCAGGGCCACACUGGUCAUGUCCGAUUCCUCACCUCCAUUGAGCUGUCAGAAGGAUUCAAUGUCCUUUUUCCCCUGCCGGGGGAACCAGGUACGGAAAAAUCCAGUGAUCUGGAGAAGCGGGAUUCCACGAGGCACCGAUCGUCAAAGUCCAAAAUGCUCGUGAUUAGUGGCGGGGACGGCUGUGAGGAUUUCAGACUCACAAACAGCAGCGAGACAGUGGGCCGGGAUGACAGCACAAACCAUCUGCUCCUCUGGAGGGUCUGAUGUGUGUCGGAACAGGGCCCCCCUCUGGGUGGGGCGGGGUAGAAAGCUCCAGUUCCGUCCUGCCGUUCACCCAUGAACGCGUACUGCUCCAGCUGUGUGUCAUCCCCAUCUUGACUGUCUCGUACGCGCGAUUGCCACCUGGAUCCGCUGCCCAGACGGAGCUGUGCCUUGAGGAGGAUUGUUGCCGACCCCCGCCGACCCCCUACAAUGCAAACCCCUAUUGCACGACUCGCGCUUACUGCUGUCUUUAAGUGUAACGGGGAUGUGCAUGCACACGCGUGCGCGAGAGGCUGAAGGAGGGCCCGAGGGGCCGUGCUGUUACACAGAGGCCCCAUUGGAAGGUCCAGAGGGGUAAACGUAGGCAUUCGGCUCUGCUUCGGAAGGGCUGGUCUGCUCUGUGGAACCUGGUUGCUGAGAUGGCCCCAGCUCAACCCCCAGAGGCAUCGGAUCUUGUGCCACUGUUUUCCAUCCACGAGGUCUCCAAAUCUAACCUAGGAGGCUUCAACAAAGAUUUACGCAACAUCCAGAAAUCUGUUCCGAUCCAGGCGGAACUGGUUCAGACUUCCAUCCCUUUGAUUUGCCCACACGCUUCUCAAAUGGAGGUGCCAAAACAGAAAUCCAUCUUUAACUUCCCAACACUUAGCGGGCCAAUACCUUUCGAGCACUCCGUUUCAUCGGCUCAUCACCUGUCUGUGGACUCCCUUCCCUCACUGCCAGGAUACAGAUAACUCGGGUGGGCUGUUUUGCUUACACGUGGGUGUGCGUGUGUCUUUUUUAAAUGUAUGUAUAAAUAACCUUUAUUUAUUGUUGAUCGGAGCGAGGAGGAGGAGGAGAAGGAGGUGUUCUGGGCCUGGGGGCGCAGAUUGCUUAGCAGGCUGAGAACGCUUAGGGUUUUUUCCUCGCCGUGGCCAGAGGUGGUCUGAAUCAUGUCGAUGGAAGGGUCGUCGCUAUACAGUAACAGUAGAAGAUCCUUGGUAUGUAUAGUAGGUUGCAACCUGUUGCAGUGGGGCUACUCCAGAGUGGCUGGUGAUGAAGUGUGUAUGUUUGUUCACAAAGGGCUGGUUGGGACAGAGAAAUUGUGGGUGGAGACCAUUAACAAGGGCUUGGACCAGUGUUUCUCCACCUUGGCCACUUUAAGAUGGGUGGA